AAGGAGUGCGUGCCAGGCUUGUGUGCACAGCAAUGGCAACUGCUCGGUGGCCUUGCCUCGUCUUGGCUCUGCUCUCUGGCUUGGCAGCCUCUGGCUUCCCAAGAAGCCCCUACCGACUACUCGAGAAACGGAGCCUCCCGGAAGGGGUGAGUACUUUCACAAAGGUUUACCAGGCGGUCAAUGGCAUCGAGGUCUACAGUACCAAAAUCACCUGCAAGGUGACCUCCCGCUUUGCUCACAAUGUCGUCACCACCAGGGCUGUCAACCGUGCAGAGAAUGCCCAGGAGGUUUUCUUUGACGUGGAUCUGCCCAAGACGGCCUUCAUCACCAACUUCACCUUGACCAUCGACGGCGUUACCUACCCUGGGAACAUCAAGGAGAAGGAGGUGGCCAAGAAGCAGUAUGAAAAGGCAGUGUCGCAGGGCAAGACAGCCGGCUUGGUCAAGGCCUCCGGGAGGAAGCUGGAGAAAUUCACGGUGUCAGUGAACGUGGCUGCGGGCAGCAAGGUCACGUUUGAGCUCACGUACGAGGAGCUGCUGAAGAGACGCCAGGGCAAGUACGAGAUGUACCUCAAGGUGCAGCCCAAGCAGCUGGUCAGAGACUUCGAGAUCGAAGUGGACAUCUUCGAGCCCCAGGGUCUCAGCAUGCUGGAUGCCCAGGCCUCGUUCAUCACCAAUGACCUCCUGGGCAGUGCCCUCACCAAGUCCUUCUCAGGGAAAAAGGGUCAUGUGUCCUUCAAGCCCAGCUUAGACCAACAGCGUUCAUGCCCAACCUGCACAGACUCGCUCCUCAAUGGGGACUUCACCAUCACCUACGACGUGAACCGAGAGUCUCCCGCCAACGUGCAGAUAGUCAAUGGCUACUUCGUGCACUUCUUCGCGCCUCAAGGCCUCCCGGUGGUGCCCAAGAACGUGGUCUUCGUGAUUGAUAUCAGCGGUUCCAUGUCCGGUCGGAAAAUACAGCAGACCAGGGAAGCGCUUCUGAAGAUCCUGGAUGAUGUGAAAGAGGAUGACUACCUGAACUUCAUCCUGUUCAGUGGUGGCGUGACCACCUGGAAGGACCACUUAGUCCAAGCCACUCCCGAGAACCUCCAGGAGGCCAGGGCAUUUGUGAGGAAGAUUGGUGUUGAUGGAAUGACCAACAUCAACGACGGGCUGCUGACGGGUAUCACCGUGCUGAACGAGGCCCGGAAAGAGCACAGGGUCCCAGAGAGGAGCACCUCCAUCGUCAUCAUGCUAACUGAUGGGGACGCCAAUACAGGUGAGAGCAGACCUGAAAAGAUCCAAGAGAAUGUGCGGAACGCCAUUGGGGGCAAGUUCCCCUUGUAUAACCUGGGCUUCGGCAACAACCUGAAUUAUAACUUCCUGGAGACUAUGGCCCUGCAGAACCACGGGCUUGCCCGGCGCAUCUACGAAGACUCCGAUGCCAGUCUGCAGUUGCAGGGUUUCUACGAGGAGGUGGCUAACCCCCUGCUGAUGGACGUGGAGGUGCAGUACCCUGAGAACGCCAUCCUCGACCUCACCCAGAACACUUACCAGCACUUCUACGAUGGCUCCGAGAUCGUGGUGGCCGGGCGCCUGCUGGAUGAGGAGAUGAACAGCUUUAAGGCGGACGUGAAGGGCCAGGGGGCCAUCAACGACCUGACCUUCACAGAGGAGGUGGACGUGAAGGAGAUGGAGAAGGCCUUACAGGAGCAGGGCUACAUUUUCGGGGAUUUCAUCGAGCGGCUCUGGGCCUACCUGACCAUCGAGCAGCUGCUGGAGAAACGCAAGAACGCCCAUGGCGAAGAGAAGGAGAACCUCACGGCCCAGGCCCUGGACCUGUCCCUCAAGUACCACUUUGUGACUCCGCUGACCUCCAUGGUGGUGACCAAGCCUGAGGACAAUGAGGACCAGGCGGCCAUUGCCGACAAGCCAGGGGAAGAUGGUACACCCCUGACCCCCAGCAGGUCUUGGAUGGUCGGCUACCAGCACCCUCAAACAUCCCACUACAACUACGUGGACGGAGACCCCCACUUCAUCAUUCGAGUUCCGGAGAAAGAGGACGCCAUCUGCUUCAACAUCGAUGAAGCCCCGGGCACCGUGCUGCGCCUGGUCCAGGACCCGGUGACAGGCCUUACCGUUAACGGGCAGAUCAUUGGUGACAAGACAGCCAGCCCCGACUCCAAGGCCAGGAGGACUUACUUUGGAAGACUGGGGAUAGCCCAUACUCACCUGGAUUUCCGGGUGGAGGUGACACCGGAGAAGAUCACCCUGUGGAACGGGGCUGCGCAGAGCAUUUUCAGCUGGCUGGACACAGUCACGAUCACGCAGGAUGGGCUGUCUGUGACGAUCAACAGGAAGAAGAACAUGCUGGUCUCCUUUGGAGAGGGGGUCACCUUUCUGAUUGUCCUACACCAGGUGUGGAAGCAGCCACCUGGGCACCAGGACUUUCUAGGCUUCUAUGUGGUGGACAGUCACCGGAUGUCGGCACAAACGCAUGGGCUUCUGGGGCAAUUCUUCCACCCCUUUGACUUUGAAGUGUCUGACAUCCGCCCAGGCUCUGACCCCUCAAAGCUGGAUGCCACAAUGGUGGUGAAGAGCCAUCGGCUGGUUGUCACCAGGGGCUCCCAGAAAGAUUACCGGAAGGAUGCAAAUGGCACAAAGGUCGUGUGCUGGUUUGUCCACAACAAUGGGGAAGGGCUGAUCGACGGUGUCCACACUGACUAUAUCAUCCCUGCCCUGUUCUGAAUGGACGCAGCAGCUCCGGUUCAGAUGGCUGGCCAGCCUGCCUGGCAUCUGGGACAAGGGCACAGAGAGGGGCCUGUGGGAGGGCUGGGCUGGAGCGCAAUAAAACUCGGUGGAAACCAGACAA